AUGGCCACCGACGCAAUGGAUAUCGACAGCUCCCCAGCCACUUCCCCAGACGUGGAGCGCAAGCGCAAACACAAGAAGCAGGACGCUUCGUCUCCAACGAAAAAGCGCAAGCAAGCCGACUCCAAAUCCAAAAGCAAGAAGCCCGCCAAAGAAAACUCCAACCCUAACCCCGAGUCACCCUUCUCGCUCACCAAAGCUACUCUCUACCUGCCUCUGGCGCCCAUCUCCAUCUCGCCCACCCAUGCAUUGGCCUCGCUGCAGGCGGAGCACCUCGCCCCGCUGCUCUUGACCUAUUACCCACCACUUAAAGGUGUGGUGAUGGCCUACUCGAACGUUUCGAUCUCCAGCUUGCCACCUGCCCCUACACCGAAGCAGUCCUCCGAUCAAAACCCUGCGCCAUUGACGCUCGCUAAGACAGCCGAUGAGUACGGUGUUCUCUACGUCUACCUGACUGCCACUUUUCUCGUCUUCCGGCCCAAGCGCGGCCAAAUCCUGGACGGCUGGGUGAAUGUGCAAUCAGAGGGAUUCCUUGGUGCCGUCGUUCUCAACCUCUUCUCCGUCGGAAUCGAGCGCAAGCGACUUCCCCAAAAUUGGACAUGGGUGCCACCGGGAGAGGAGGCCCAAAGCACCGAGGACAGCACCAGUGGAACAGCCGUUGAUGCGACUACAGAUGAGGAAUCAGGUGCAAAUGAGAAGGCAUUCUUCGACGCAGAGAAGGAACACUUCCAGCCCGCCGCGCUGGCUGCGGACGAGCUUGAUAUCGGUCCCGAUGGAGAAGAGGAGGAAGCUUCCUCUGGUCACUUCCACUCUGUCUCUGGGCACCGCGUGCGCGGAAAUGUGCGGUUCCGUGUUGUUGAUGUCGAUGUUAUUCCCGGUUCGGAGCGGGAUCGUGGGUUCUUGAGCAUCGAGGGUACAAUGCUAGAUCCUACGGAUGAAGAUAAGCUCAUUCAAUCGGAGCACCAGGGCCAGUCUGUGCCUUUGGCUUUCUUGGGUUCUUCGAGUAAGAAGUCAAGCCGUGUGAUUCCUAUUUCAGUAUCGCCUCCAGCUGAGGCGGUGGAGGUGGUUGAUGUUGAGCUGGAGCCCAUCGAGAAGGUCGAAAAGGCCGAGAAGAAGGAUAAGAAGGAGAAGAAGGAAAAGAAGGAAAAGAAAGAAAAGAAGGAGAAGACAGAAAAGAAGGAGAAGAAGGAGAAGAAGCCUAAGAAGGAGAAAUAG